AUGCAGCGGGAGAGGCUGAUCGCGAGAUUAAUUGGGCGUUCUCAAAAACCCGACGGCGGGGGGAAAUCCACGCUGCCGUGCCGCCUGCCUCCCUGCUCGGGUUCACUGCGGAGCCGGCAGCCUGGGGAGCUGGAGAGGAAGGAGCUGGAGAGGAGGGAGCUGGCGGCCAGCAGAGCCAGGCCCCCCGCCACUUUCGGGGCUCUUCUGGCCCUGCUGCCUCUCGCCUGGACGCUGCAGGGCGCAGGGUGGUACGGCAUGCGAACGCGGCUCUGUGGAGAGACCCUAACGCUACUGAAGACCGACGUACCUGGGAGAAGCCCGAGCGUGGGCUUCAGCGACGCAGGCGGAACACCCGUAUCCGGCGGGGGGGCCGGCGGCCCGGCUGCGCCCCCCCUCCCCCGCCUGUCCCACUGCCUGCUGGCCCACUACCAGAAGGGCACGCGGCCCGUGCGGGACUGGCGAACGACCACCAACGUGGCGAUCGACCUCAUGGUCUAUGCCAUCCUCAGUGUGGACGAGAAGAACCAGGUGCUGACCACCUAUGUCUGGUACAGGCAGCACUGGACGGACGAGUUCCUCAGGUGGGACCCGGAGCGGUUCGACAACCUCACACAGAUCUCCCUCCCCGUGGAGAGCAUCUGGGUGCCCGACAUCCUCAUCAACGAGUUCGUGGACGUCGGAAAGUCCCCCCACGUCCCUUACGUCUACGUUAGCCACCACGGGGAGGUGCAGAACCUCAAACCCAUCCAGGUGAUGACCGCCUGCAGCCUGGACAUCUACAACUUCCCCUUCGACGUGCAGAACUGCUCGCUCACCUUCACCAGCUGGCUGCACCACAGUGAGUGCGCGGUCGCCCGCGGCCGNNNNCCGGAGCUGGUCAAGUUCGACCGGAGCGUCUUCAUGAACCAGGGCUGGUGGGAGCUGCUCUACGUCCUCAGCAGCUUCCAGGAGUUCAGCGUCAAGAGCAGCGACAGCUACGCCGAGAUGAAGUUCUACGUAGUCAUCCGGAGACGUCCCCUCUUCUACACCGUCAGCCUCCUGCUCCCCAGCAUCUUCCUGAUGCUUAUGGACAUUGUGGGCUUCUACCUCCCUCCCAAUAGUGGCGAGAGGGUCUCUUUCAAGAUCACCCUCCUGCUGGGCUACUCGGUUUUCCUCAUCAUCGUAUCUGACACGCUGCCGGCUACUGCGGUUGGCACCCCCUUGAUAGGCAUCUACUUUGUGGUGUGUAUGGCACUGCUCGUCAUCAGCUUGACGGAGACCAUCCUGAUCGUGCGCCUGGUGCACAAGCAAGACCUGCAGCCCCACGUCCCCGAGUGGGUGAAGCGGCUGCUGCUGGAACGAGCCACCGUCCUGCUCUGCAUCCGGGACAGGAAGAAGUUCAGCCAAAGCAGGACGCAGAGCUCGGACAUCUCCAGGCAGGCGGAGAGCAACGACAGCACAGCCAGGCUGAACCACUACAGCUGUGAGGACCCCCGGGACUGCGAGACGGCGGGCAGGACAUAA